UGCACCGCCGGCAUUUUAAUGCACCUACGUUCGCGUAAAGUCAACAAGGGCGCGGUUGAAAAUCAUACUCGCCAAACCACUUGUACGAUGCCUGAUAAAAAGGGCCAAGCCGCGCCCGGACAAGAUAUGUCCAGCAUUAUUGCCCAGCUGACCGCGCUGCUCGAGCAUCAGACAAACCAGGCAGCCAGCUUCCGUUUUCAGCUCGCUGUGCCUACAUAUGAAGGCCACACAGAUAAGAAAUCGGUGGCGGACUUCCUUCUGGAAAUGCAAGAUUACCGCGACGCGCAAGCCAUUACGGAUGACGUUCUUCUUCAGCGCGUUUUGCCCGUUGCCCUGACUGGGUCCGCCGCCCGCUGGCGUCGUCGCCAGUCAUUCCAAAGUUGGACGCACUUUGAGCAGCUACUGCGAGCAGAAUUCCUCCCCCCAGACUACGUCGUCCGCAUGAAAGACGAGCUUCGCGCCCGUAGUCAGGCGGAGGAGGAAAGCCUCCAAGAAUACAUACGGUCCUUUCAGGAGCUUUACGAGCGCGCAGAUCCUUCAGCACCAGAAACGGAAAGAGUCACCCGGGCAAUCCGGCAAUCUCACCCACGCUUUCAGGCUUAUCUAAGGGGCCGUACUUUCUCUUCGCUUGACGAUCUCUCUAAAGCGGCGUCCGAUAUUCAGGCGGCGAUGUUGGCAGAGCUCACUUACCAGCCUCCACCCCCGCCUCAAGCCGCCCUCGAGCCGUCUUGCGCGUGGCACGGUUCUCAGAUUGCAAGCCCGGGGAAUAUGGUACCGCCCCCAAGGGCGCUAGACCCAUUCAUUCACCGCACCUUUGCCACCCAGGUACCUUUACGGCCUCCGGUCCGCGAACCCGCAACAACGUUGCCAGGCACUCGGGGCCGCAGCAGGCCUGUAGCGGCUGCCGCCCAAUCAGGCGCAGAAGAUACACGCAGGAGCAUUCCAGUCUGCUUCCAGUGCGGAGGACGAGGCCACUACAAGAGCCAGUGCCCGAGCCCCCCGGGCAUCUUCCAGCAGGGAAACGACGAGGGCCGGCGGUGGUGAGCAGCUACCA